UUCGGGAAAAUUAAGUAAGGUUUUAGAACAAAAUCGUUGGAAAUCCAUCAUAUGUUGACUUCUUGUGACUCUUUGAGUAUAGAGGUAUCAUGAGUAUUCAUGAAUGGUAUGGUAUUUAACGUUUUGGUCAAGCACAUAUUUUUUUCCUUAUUUUAACAUGUACACUUGAUGCCAAUGGUACUGCAUGCCAGCCGUGGGUGAUGCCUGACCUAAGAGUUUUCAUCAUGAGUCGUCAGGGAACUUAAUCUUGGGCCAGGGAACCAAACUAGGGCCAACCAUGGCAAACUUGUCAAUGAAGCCAUAGUACGCAAAAAGGACUUCGUACCAUGCUUCGUAAACGCGUACCGAAUUAGCCACCGAUAGAGGGCGCUAUCGCACAGCCGAUCAUUCGAGAAAGUGUCAUGCCUAUCCAAUUCCGUUCUGCUUCCAAUUUUAAUUCCUGCCUCGUGGUUUAAUUUUCGCUGUGUCUGAUUAUCAGACUUGAGAAGACCUCAAAAUAAAGCUGCCUCAUCAAUUAUCGGGAUGCCCAGACACCAUAGACACCAUCAUCACCAUCAUCAUGGUGCUGCCCCUCACCGUGGCAUUCACCACCAUGGCAUUGGUCACCACCAUCACCACCACAACAUCCACCAUCAUGCCCUUGUGUCAGCCACAGGCCAGGUGGUGGGUGGUGCGACUGCAGCAACAAGAGCUGGGAAUUCUAGGGCAUUGCCCAUCUGCCUGGGCAUUUGUGGCUUUUUAAUUUUCUUCGGCGGUAUGAUGAUGAUGGCACUCGGCUUCGGUGUCUUGAGUGACUUCCGCGGCAUGGGCAUCAUCGGUUGCCUCCUCAUGUUUGUGGGAGUGGUCUUGAUAAUUGCCUACAUCGUGUUCUGCCGGAGGUACCGCCGGCAGGUACAGGAAGCUUUCUUCAGUCAGCUGGCAGCUGGGGGGAUGGCAGUGCAGUACAGCCAGCCGGGCGCACCGCCCAUAGUACAGCCCCAGCAGCCAGGAGCACCCCCUAUCAUUCACCCACAGGGUUCCGGGGCAACUAUCGUGUACGGACCAGGGGGACAGGUGGCCUACCAACCCCAGGCCCAGCCAGGCUUCCAGCCAGAACCUCAGCAGUAUCCAGCAACAAUUCCCUAUCCACAGCCGGGUCCUGAUAUGUCCAAGUCUGAUCUACCAGCUGAGCCUAUUGCACCCCCACCAACCUACAAGGAUGCAGCCAACCCAACCAAGAAACCUGACGGUGGAAGCAACCAGCCAGUUGCAGUGUAACCUUCUCACGGCGGUGCACAGGGUAGAGGGGGAAUGCCGAUGCAGGUAAACUAGGUCUUGGUCUGGGUUGAAAUCCUACCUCAGUCUCUCUUGGAUGUGGUCGGCUGACAGUUGACUGCCAUGGACAAUGACACCACUAUCUGAAAUGCCUGUAACUGGUACCCUGAGGCCUCCAUAGCAAACAUGUUAUACCGCCCCAUGGCCAUUAUACUACGGAUGCGAUGAACUCUGACAUCAGGUCAUCAGACUGUAUUCGUAGGGUACCCAAUUUCUGUCGUAUUUCUGAAUGUAUAAAUUUGAAACCCUUAUAGGGAUGGAACCAGGUGCUUUUGGGAGUGGGAAUGAAAUCGUAGAAUUUAUCUGUUUCUUGAAAUUCAUUGCUUUCAAAUGAAUAUACCACAUUGGGAAACCUGACUGAAAUGGCCCUCCAUGAAUACCAUCCACUGAUUGUGAGCUAACCUUUGUCAGGGAAAGUACUCCAAAGUCAGCGGUGGCUAAACAAUUUUCAAAUUGGAAGGAAGGGGGCAGUUGUGAGAUAAUCAUUGUAAAGACGCUAAGAACUGAAAGUGUUAAAACAGUAACUCUUUUUCAGCGUUAAAUCCAACAUUUUAAAUGUUGUAAGCUUGCAUUUCAAAUACCCUUAUCCAACAGUGUCAGAAUUAAUUCAACAUUUUUCCCCUUGCUGUUUUGAUAUCACCAUUUCAAAUGCUGAAUUAACAGUUAAAGUGCUGAAUUUCAAAUCUACAAUGUUGUGUUUGUCAUUUGAAAUGUCGGCUUCAACACUUUCAAAGAGUGGUCACUGACCGCGCACCCGUAAAUGUUGGAUUUGACUAUCAAGUUUUUAGUCUUGAGUGAUCCGUGAGAAUUACAACCAACAUACAGACAUACUGAUUCUUGAAAUCAUUGCUGAUUGGACCACGGAAAAAAAGGAAAAUUUGUCCUAGCACACUAAGAUAGCCUCAUCACAAUCAAGCCCAGUGCUGUCCUGGGCCAGCAUUGGAUGCAAUGCCCCUUUCUCAGGUAAAUUUGGCACCCCUGUCUUUGUGGGCAUUUUUCAUAGGAAGUUUGAGAAAGUGACUCUAAUCCAUGCUUUGCAAUAGACACUGACACAUUCAUCCUUGUUGAGUGAAAAUGAAACACUAAGCCCAGGAAAAUUAACACUUCUCAGGUCGUUCAGCCUUGGACUCAGUCGAAACACUGCCAACAUCUUGGAUGUACUGGAUUUCUGGUAGGUUUGAUGUAGAUAAACUCGGUAGUAGUUUUCGAAAGAUCUUUGGUCAUUUUAUGACAAAUCAGUGCAUGUGUCAUUUAUUACUGAGGGAAGUAAUGUGGACUCACCUACGACCAAAUUUUAGACACUUGGGUCAAAAGACCAUGGUGUUGGAGAUCAUCAAAAGUUUGACUUUUGCUUCAUAAAUCACAACAGGUUAAUAGUUUGAUGACCUUUGACCCAUCUGUUUGUCCCAUUCACACCUAGAUGAAUUGUGUUUAUUCAGAUGAAUGGUAUCCAUUCAUUAUGUGCAUUAGAUAUGGGAACAUCCGGGGACCAGUGAAUCUGUUAUUCUAUCACAGUUAUAUUUUCAAUGUUUGAAACGGGUUCUCAACCGUAAUGCAGCUCUUGUUUAAGGUUAAAGAACUAGGUUUUAUUUUUUAGGUUUACAGUUUUGUCAAAAAAUAUCAUUGAUGUAUAAUUGUACAGGUGUUGCUACACUCUUGCCACAUAGAUUUUUUUUUGAUGUUUCUUGUGUUUUCAAAGUUCUGAAAUAUUAAAAAAUACUAUUCAUUGAAUUUUUAAAGAUAAGAGUAAAAGGGGAGGGAUCUUGACACUUGAUUCCUUCAUGUACUCCAUUUUUGCUUUCACCGUUUUGAAAUGGCCUUACCUGUCGGAGAUAAGGUUCAUUGCAAACGUGACCGGAAGAUUUCAGGAUAUUUGUUAUUGACUGAGCACAUUUUGUCAACUACUAAAAAAGACGAGGCUAUUCGCAGCUCCAAAACCUAAAACUAAAUGCCGGGAAAAUGAUAUUAUCUUUCUCAUGGUUCACGUUCUGAUGUGGAAUUUUCACAUGAAACUUUAGGACAAGCAAUCAUAAUGUAAGACAUUUAAAAUGACAUAAAUGUCAUAAAAUGCAUCUUUUUCCUGAUUUCACUGAUCACACAAAUCUCAUAUGGCCGAAAUGAACUCAUAACAACCUUUUUUUCCCAGCCCUGCUAACCUGCUGGCUCCGCCCCUCCCCUGUAUUUCCACAAGUACCCUGCAUUUAUUGACAUUGUUCUGCUUAGCCUCUAAAUACAUUCUAUCUUAAGCCAAAAAAGUGUUUGUGUAUUCGUUUUUCAACUGUGAUUACAUAAAUAUCUGCCUUAAAGCUGCUACUCCAUUUCCACUGUUUUGUCUUCAUACGUACACUCUGCUUGAUGGUGACGAUGGCAUUGACAUGUCCAAGAUCGGACCAUACAUGUCUCUCAUGUGUAUAGUUUGUGUAAAAAGCAAGUUGAGUAGUAGUUUUCCGAAGUUGUCUGUACCUCAAAUGCAGUAAGCUUUGCUUUAUUAAUGAGCUGCCAUUGUGCACGAAAAUGUAGUAAUGCGAUGUAAAUUUAGCCAUUCAAGAGUGCUUGGAUCUUUGUUAAAUAUGUGACACGAUUUGUCACAAAUCCCCUUAAACCAGGGUUGGUGGUGUUAGCUAGAUUGUCUUGUUAUAUCUUGACCACAACCUUGUAAUUAAGGCACUGGAACAAAACAAUGACUGCAGAUUUGCUUUUGGUACAGAAUUUCGUUAUAUGAGUGAGUGUGGUGUACAUUGAGAGCGGACUGAAUUGGUGUGGCCUGGAUAUCAGGAGUGGGGGUGUUUGUUUUUCCUGGUCCAAAGCCUCAGAAUUGUGGCAAUCUCCUUCCCAGGUUUGUUGACAAAAUGGGUGCUGCAUUUGGGUUGGUGCAACGAAAUGUGAAGCCAUGUUGUACAUGUGUACAUGUACGGUGUAUGCUUUGGCAUGUUGGUUUAUUAUUUUUAAGAGGUCAUUUUGUAUCCAUUAAAUGUUGGUUUUCAUGACGUCUUGCCUACCCUGACCUAUCCCGAGCAAUUUUUGUCAACCAUUUUAAAUCUAAUUUUGAAAAGUGAUUUUUGAAUGUUUUCAUUGUAAAAAAGUGUUAAUUUAUUCAUGACAAUUUCUAACUUUUGUUUGUCCGUUGGCAUACAUCUGUCAAAAUAUGUGUACUUGUUUUCAUUUAAAGUUUUAUUUUUAUAGUAUAAAUUAUAUGGAUAAGUGACUUUUAUGUUUUAAUUGUAAAAAAUGAUGUUAAUUUAUUCAUGAGAGUUUCUGACAUUUUCUUUGUCCAUUUGCAUAUAUCUGCCAAAAUAUAAAUGACCUCUUUUUCAUAAACUAUUGUCUUAAUUAACAGUAAACGUGUAUUGUAUCUAUGAUUC